GGCGUGCAGUGCGGUCAUUCCGCUUAUCUUACGGAGAACCGGUCGCGCGCGUCACGUUAUCGGCAUCGUCAGGUGAUCCGCGCGCGCGGUGACAGUACACCUGGCCCUGUCGCAGCCGCAGCUGUCGAACGUCGGAAAUCCGCAUCGGCCUGAUACCAUGAUACGCUCCUGCAUCCCGAGCGGGCUAUCGCGCGUGAACGUCAACGUCGUCAUCGACAUCGAGGCGUGGUGACGCGACGAUCUCAGUUCGUCGGCAACGGGCAUCGCGACAACUCGCGCAGUAACGCGGGAGGAAGUUUUCCGGAAGAAGAGAUUGUUCCCCCGAGAAGAAGAGGGUGGGAUACCAAGGGGGGCGAAGCAAGAAGACGAGUAAGAGGACGCGAAGAAGAAGACGAGAGACGAAGACGUGCAAUUCCGCGACAAAGGCGGUGAGCAGGGAGCAUCGAGGGGGUGGCAGCGAGGAAAAAAGGGGGUGAGGACGAAGUAGGGGGUCAGUGGGUUAAAACACGUGGAUGCUGUGGCCAGUGUUAGGGGGGGAUGACGGGCUGAGUCCCACAGCGUCGCCCACGCCGGUGGCGACCGGCGCCGUCUCCUCCGCUAAGGGGGUGAACAAACUGACCCCUCUGCUGCUCUGCGCCCCUUGUAAACCCGGUGGCCACCGGAAGAGCCAGAGCUCCACCCAGUGGUACGUGCAACAGCCCACGUGGCGUUUAUGGGGCGAGGAAAGAGGCGACGGCGUCAUUUAUACAGUAUAUCUAAAGAAGGUCCGAUACCAUCGGCCCACGAGAAGUCUUUCAGCAUCGGAUUCUGACGACGAGAUUUCACAUUUGGAAUGGGAGACGGUGCGAGUGCGUUUCUUGAAGGCCGGCACGGUGCAGCGGCUGGUCGAAAGUCUGGCGAACGACGACGGCGAGCUGGAGUCCACUUACAUAAACAUCUUCCUGGCGACAUACCGGGCGUUCACCAGCCCGCGUGAAGUCCUCGAGCUGCUGCUCGCGCGAUACGACGCCCUGGACGGGACCGCCGGCUGCGAGCAGCACCGCAAGACCCUCGUCCAGGCUCUGCACGUCUGGCUGGACGCUUACCUAGGCGAUUGGAAGUCACCCCCGAGCCAUUCCCUUCUCGCCAGGCUCCUCGAGUUCACGCAGCAGCGUCUCAUCGGCUCUGAGCUCGAACUCAAAGCCAAGCACCGACUGCAUCGGUUUCAACGGGAGGAUCAGAUAGACUGUAUGGUGUACGACAAUGGUCGACCCAUGCGCGGUUCCCCGGAUCCGAUGGCGGAUCACUGGGGGAACUACAUCUUCCCCGAGGUGCCCCACCGUCAUUUCGCCGAGCAGUUAACCCGGAUGGAUGCCGAAGUAUUUAAGAAGCUGGUCGCCCAUCAGUGUCUUGGUGCCGUAUGGUCCAGAAAGGAUCGUUCCAGGAGUCACGAAGCUGCCACGGUGGUGGCAACCGUGAACCAAUUCAACGCCGUCUCUUUACGUGUGAUCUCGACGAUUCUGACGGACACAACGCUCAAGUCUCAGGAGCGCGCCAGGAUCCUCGAGACGUGGAUCGACGUCGCGCAGGAGUUGCGGGUACUCAAGAAUUUCAGUAGCUUGAAGGCAAUCGUCUCCGGCCUCCAAAGCAAUCCGGUGUACCGAUUGGAGAAGUGUUGGCAGUGCAUGCCUCGGGAGAAGCACGAACUCUUCCGCGAGCUCGAGAGGAUAUUCUCGGAGGAGAACAACGCCUGGACACAGAGGGAGUUGCUCAUCAAAGAGGGCACUGCCAAAUUUGCUGACACUGCCGGCAGAAGCGAUAGGCAUCUGCAGAAGCUCUUUCAGAAACAGAAUACUCACGCGGGCAAUAUUAGUUACGGCACGAUACCGUAUCUAGGUACCUUCCUAACUGACCUCACUAUGAUCGACACGGCAAUUCCGGAUACGAUAGCCGAUGGUCUCAUCAAUUUCGAUAAAAGACGGAAGGAGUUCGAGGUGCUCGCCAGGAUAAGACUUCUGCAGGGCGCGGCAAACGCAUAUAACUUCAGUAUGGAUCCCGUAUUCGAUCGUUGGUUUCACUCGGUGGUGGUGCUGGACGAUCGGGAAGCAUACAAGCUCAGCUGUCAGAUCGAGCCACCACCAGGGAACACUCUCAACAACCGCGGCAAGAAGAAACAGGGUCAUCAAGGUCACCGCAAGAAUGAUUCAAUCGCCUCAACGUCCAGUUCGAGCAGUUCGCAGUUUUACUGCGACCUCGAUUCCCUCCCGAGCUCGCCACACAACUCGUUGGACCGGCGAACGUCACCGUCACAAAUGUCCAGUUCGUCCUCGAGCUCGUCUCUACCGUCCCUGGACGUAUCUCUAAGUUCCGGUGGAGGUGGCAAUCAUCAGACUCGCCUGGCACCCCCAGCCGGUGCUGUGGCGGCCAACGGUAGCACCCCGAAUCUCGCCGGACUGUCUAGUCCCAGCCACUCGCACAAAAGCUCGCCGGAUUUCUAUAUUAUCAAAGUCACCAUGGAAACGGAUAAUGUGGAAACGCAGGGCGUGGUGCUGUACAAGUCGAUAAUGCUGUCGAAUAACGAGCGGACGCCACAGGUUAUUCGGAACGCCAUGCUGAAGCUCGGCCUUGAAGGCAGUCCCGAUCAGUACACCCUGGCCCAGGUGCUACCCGAUCGAGAGAUGGUACUGCCCAACUCAGCUAACGUCUAUUACGCUGUAAAUACCGCGCACAAUCUCAACUUCAUCCUGAGACAGAGGAGAGAGCCCAAUGACGUGACCUCGGACAGUCCCAGGAGCAAAGGCAGCAGUCACAACCACAAGAGGUAGUCUUAAAACCGCCGCCGAAUGCCCAGAACAAGAGGAUCUCUGAAGUCUCCCGGUGACGUAAGCGGGAAAUAGUUCUUGGACAGUUACAUGAACUUUGGACGCGAAGUUAGAGUGCUAAUGGAUUCUCGGUGAAGGAGAGCAAAUUGAAGUCGAUCAAUAUAAUUGCGAUAAAAGACAAAUGCGAUGUUGUCAGCGUACGUCAGCGAACAAAUACUAAGCUGUAAUAUCGCGCUAAAUGAAUUAACAUUUGGUAUUACAAUAUUGAUGUCAGUAGCAUCUUUCCAGCACAGAAGCCCGUAGCAACGUUGCCGCAACGCUUGCAAGGUUACUGCAAUAUUGCUGGGAUGGUUUGUGCUGUAUGGGUUAAUUGAUAUUAUCAAUAAUACAUAAUUGGUAAUGUUAAUAUUACUAAUUAACGUUAUUAACAGUAAUGUUAACAGUACUAAUUAAACAAUAUCGCAACAAUACAUAUCAGAGUAUUACAGCUUAACAUCCGGUUCGUCAUUAAGGUAUUCCAUUUUAUAAUUCAAAAACGAUGACUUAUUUAAUAGUUGUACAACGUGAAGAAGUGACGAUCACAAUAUCAGGCAUCACAAUUACUGCAUUUGAUCGCGCAUCCUCGUUUGUUCCCCGUCGCGAAUCGAAGUUGAAAGAGAGCGAAUCUCGCCGUACUCGCGUUAAUUAAUUUGUUUAUUAAGAUUUACCAUGACAACCCCGGCCGCUUCGUCUUUUUGAAUGCGACGCAAACGAGCGACAAACCGAGGUAUGAUUAAGCGCGGUCACUCGUACAACCGGAAGUGCGUAGACCCACGCACGUAUCGCACAAACAAACGCACGCACGAACGCACAUACAAACGCACGCACGCACACACGCACGCACAUACAUACAUAUAUAUAUAUAUUAUAUAUAUAUACACACGACUCGUACAGUAUUGAAAAGACAGAGAGCUCGGUAUAGUUGCGCAACCGAGCAAGCUGUUCUAGCAUUAUUCUAGGCGCGCGUUUAGCGUGAGUCACACACGCGAGGUUCUUAUCGACGCCGCCGUGACGUAAACAGGCCCGUAUUCCUGCCGUUUAGAGCAUCUAUAAUGUUAAACGCGUGCGACUGCUCCCAUUUGCUUAAUCCGUUCUGUAAAAAGACAUAGAAACCGUUAAUACGAUUAGGAUAAUUAGAAAUUUACAAACUCCCUUUCUUGCGAGAAACAUGGUGGCUACGUUUAGCGAUAAGUAUAGCCGAUCGAGCGAUAUCUGUCUGAUGUAACGCGACGAUAUUAUAGGAAAUAAUUGUACUAAUUGUACGCUUUGCGAAAUAUGGCUGUGGAUUCAAUUAGCACCAUGGGUGUUAAUUAUAAUUCUCACCGUGUUGAUUGAACACCAACAUUGUGUGGAUUUAACACCAUGGAUGCCGAUUGAAUACCACGGUUUAAAACUCAUGGUGUUAAAUCUACAUUAUGGUGCUUAUAUCAACAUCCACACGGUGAGAAUUUAUUCAAUAUUUAACACCCAGGGUUUCAAUCCACGUACAUAUUUUUGGAGUUUAAUGCUAAAUACGACCGGUCGAGCGAUACCUGAUGUAAAUGUAUGACUAUUGUAGGAAAUAAUUGUAUUAAUUGUACACUCUAAAAAUAUGGGUGCAAUUUAACACCACGAGUAUUAAAUGUAAUUUUCACCGUGUUGAUGUUGAUAUAAACACCAUCGUGUGGAUUUAACACUGAAUUUUUAACCAUGAUGUUAAAUUCAUGUUGAUGUUUACAUCAACACUAACACGGUGAAAAUUAUAUAAACACUGCACAUCCAUAUUUUUUAGAGUUAAAUCCACACCCAUAUUUUUUAGAGUGUAUUUCAAAUCAAAUGAAACUAAGAUUUUUACUUUCUCUUGCUCGUCAUGAGGGAGCCGUAUAUUUAUAGUGUGCUCUCUCAUUCGUGAUUGACAUUUGUCCGAUAAUGAUUAUGUUCGAUGUUACGAAAUGAUAAUCGUGUCGAAAUAAUGCACAGGGAUUUCUCCGUUCGUUGCGAGGUAGAUGUGCGGCGGUAAAAUUACGGGUGUGUCUACGACGGCACACAUCCUCGCGUGUGCGUGUAUGUAUAAUAAACUAUACACGUGUUUCGCGAAACAUUAACGAGAUUAUAGAGAAAUAUCGGAACAAGCGACUCAAGCCGUAAGGGUCGAUUGUGAUUUUGUAAAUACUUGUAAUUGCGUAGCGCGGUAACUCGACCAAACAGGAGGGGGGGAGGGGAGUCCUCUCGCGCAAAGAGGGCAGGGUGUCUCAUCGGAAACCUGUCAAUUAUUGUCGCCGUUCCCUUCUCGCAUACUCCAGAAAGCGGGAUCCGAGAUUUAGAACUGCCUCGUUUGAUAUUCUACAAAACAAAAUAUUCGCGAAUUUGUCCAAUGAAUUGUUGCGAAGGCAAGGAAAAAGUUCUGUGAUAAAAAGGAAUCUCUCCAAUUUUUUUUCUUCUCUCGACUCACUGCUAUGAAGCAGAGAACGAAUUUCGGUUCACAAUAAUCGGAGAAGCCCACUUUUGUCCGAUCUCAUUAUAUGAGAGGCUGAGAGAAAAUUUUCAAAUGGAUUCAUUAGGAGAUGUAUCCGUCUAGUAAAUAUUAACCGAGACACUCUACCGUGUCGCUAGAUUAACAGUAACAUAACAUUAAUGUUAUAAUUUUACACUCAACAAUGUAAUUGUUAUGUACAACAUGAAUUAUAUCGGGUUAUUAUAUUACAUUUAAAUUUUUUAAGUGUGAAAUUGUAAUACUGAUGUUAUUGUUAAUUGUUAUUUACUGGGUAGUUUUAUCACGACGGCGGGACAGAAAUUGACGGCUCGACUGCUAAUGAUCAGACAAGUCUAUAUUUUUCUGUCUUAUGGAAAAGUCGAGAAAAUAUGCGGAAGGUACCACAAGAUAUUUCGUUUGAAUUGGGCGUUCACCGAGUCGAAACCGUGAAACAGAACUUGUAGAUCCAGUUGUGAUAGUUAGACAAGUUUUUCUCCACUACUAUAGAGAAAUCUUGGAAAA